AGAAAACAAAAAAUAGAAUAACAAAUAGUAAUAUUAGUAGUAAUUUUUUUAUUUUUUUGGGGAAAAAAUGGGUGGAUAUUUUGGAGUUUCUACAAUUUUUAUUAUCUGUUUGUUGGGAAUUUCAGCCAAUGCUGAGGUAUUCACCAUUGGUUCUUCAUCAGGUUCUGAUAUUACUCAGGCACUUCUGAAAGCAUUCACAUCGGCAUGCCAAUCUUCGUCACCAAGCAAAGUGGUGAUCCCAAAAGGAGAGUUCAAGCUUGGUGAGAUCGAGAUGAGGGGUCCAUGCAAAGCUCCCAUUGAGGUCACCCUUCAAGGUACUGUCAAAGCUGACGGUAACGCUAUCCAAGGGAAGGAAAAAUGGGUCGUCUUCGGCAACAUUGAUGGCUUUAAGUUGAACGGAGGAGGAGCCUUCGACGGUGAAGGCAAUGCAGCUUGGAGAGUCAAUAACUGUCACAAGACUUUCGAGUGCAAGAAACUUCCCAUCAGUAUAAGGUUUGACUUCAUAUUGAACUCUGAGAUCAGAGACAUAUCCUCGAUCGAUGCCAAGAACUUCCACAUCAACGUGUUGGGAGCCAAGAACAUGACCAUGAAUAACAUCAAGAUCGUCGCCCCAGAAGACAGUCCCAACACUGAUGGAAUCCAUUUGGGAAGAAGUGACGGAGUCAAGAUCCUUAACUCUUUCAUCUCCACCGGAGACGAUUGUAUCUCCGUCGGAGAUGGGAUGAAGAACCUUCACGUGGAGAAGGUCACAUGCGGUCCGGGACACGGAAUCAGUGUCGGGAGUCUUGGAAGGUACGGACACGAGCAAGAUGUCAGCGGCAUUAAGGUCAUCAACUGCACUCUUCAAGAGACUGACAACGGGUUGAGGAUCAAGACAUGGCCCUCUGCAGCUUGCUCCACCACCGCAUCCGAUAUUCAUUUCGAGGAUAUUAUCCUCAAGGACGUUAGCAACCCAAUCCUCAUCGACCAAGAGUACUGCCCUUGGAACCAGUGCAACAAGCAAAAAGCAUCAACAAUUAAGUUGGUGAACAUUAGCUUCAAGAACAUCAGAGGAACAUCAGGGAACAAGGACGCGGUGAAGCUACUUUGCAGCAAGGGGUAUCCGUGCCAGAACGUGGAGAUUGGAGACAUUGAUAUCAAGUACAAUGGAGCAGAUGGUCCAGCCACUUUCCAUUGCUCAAACGUCAGUCCCAAAAUCUUGGGAUCUCAGAGCCCUAAAGCAUGCAGCGCUCCAGCAGCCUAAAUGUAGAAGCUCUAAAACAAUUAAUUAAUCAAACACUCAUUCAAUUCAAUUUUAUAUAUGAAUUUCUUCUACACAGUAACUAUAUACGAUGUAUGCUCUCAUUUAAUUCAACAAUGAAUGCAUCAUCCAUUAUUUCUUGGUGACAAAUCUCUAUUUCAUUUGCUCGGUUCAUAGUAAUUUGAUCAGUAAAUAAAGUCCCGUUAAUUUUCUUUAGUUCCGGCAAAAUGACAAGUCGAUCGGAUCAUUGUUGUCGAGAUUGACGUUAG